AUGAACACCCUUACUCAAGACCAGCGUUCCAAGACGCAGACCCUCAUCUCGAUCGUCAACAUCAAGGAGCAGCCUGCCAUCACACUUCUCAGAGAUGCCAAGUGGGAUAUUCAGGUCGCGGUCAACAACUACUACAACGGCGCCACCGCUGCGCCUCAGACCAACGCAAAGCAGAGCACACCCGUCAACUCCAAGCAAAUCGAAAAGAUUUUUGACGACUUCAAGGAUGAGAAGGAUUAUAUUCUGAUUGAGGGCAUGGAGAAGUUCUGCGAGGCCUUGGACGUUGACCCUACUGAUGUUGUCAUGUUAGUCAUGGCCUACCACCUCAAGUCUGAGAAUAUGUGCGAGUUCAGUCGGACUGGCUUUAUCGAGGGCUGGACUAAGCUCAGAUGCGACACUAUCGAGAAGAUGAAGAAUGCGAUCGAGACUAUGCGCCAGGAACUCAAGGACGACGCAGCUUUCAAGGAGAUUUAUUACUUUUCGUUCAGCUUUGGUUUGGGCGAGAACCAAAAGACCUUGGAUGUCGCUAUUCCAUUUUGGAUGCUCUUGUUGCCAGAUCGCUUCCCAAGACUUGACAUGUGGUGCGAUUUCGUUCAGAACAAGUACGGCCGCUCCAUAUCGAAGGACACCUGGCAGUUGUUGUUGGACUUUGUUAACCAGGUCGAUCCCCAGUUCACAAACUACGACGAUGAAGGUGCCUGGCCUGUUCUUAUUGAUGACUUUGUUGAGUACGGUCGCACGACAUUGGAUCAGGACUAA